GGGAAUUGCUCCGAGGAACCUUGAGGUCCGUUUCCAGGGUAAACAGCGGCGAAGGGGAAGGCCGCGACCGCUGUUGCACCAGAGUAAAGGAACGAAGGAAAAUAAUGGAAGAAUUAAAGAAAUGUGAUGUGAUGUGAUGUGACAAUAUGAUUUGUUAUAGCCAAGGAACAACUUUUCCUGAUUCAGCAUGUUAAAAAAUAAGGAUCAUUCAUCUAAAAAAGGUAACUUAGCAAUCACUGCAGUGGCUUUACAAGAUCACAUUUUACAUGAUUUUCAACUUCGAGAUCUUUCAAUAGCAGAUCAUUCUAAGACAAAGGUACAAAAGAAAGAGAACAGAUCCAAAUCUCUAAAAAGAGAUGCAAAAGCAAUAAUAGAUACUGGACUUAAAAAAACUAUACAGGGCCCAAAAGUGGAAGAUCCAGAAAAAGAAUAUGUUCUUGAUCCAAAACCUCCACCGUUAACUUUAGCACAGAAGUUGGGCCUAUUUGAACCUCCUCCAUUGCCACUAUCAGCAGAUGAAUGGGAAAAAGUAAAACAAAGAUCCAUCAUGCAAGGGGAUUCUGUGCAGCCAUGUCCAAUAUGUAAAGAAGAAUUUGGACUUCAUCCCCAGGUGCUGCUUUCAUGUUCCCAUGUAUUUCACAGAGCAUGCCUUCAGGCUUUUGAAAAGUUCACAAAUAAAAAAACCUGUCCUCUCUGUAGAAAGAACCAGUAUCAAACCAGAAUAAUACAUGAUGGAGCCCGGUUAUUCAAAAUAAAAUGUGCAACAAGAAUCCAAGCCUACUGGAGAGGAUAUAUUGUUAGAAAGUGGUACAGAAACCUGAGAAAAACUGUACCUCCUAUAGAUGCCAAAUUAAGGAAAAAAUUCUUUGAAGAAAAGUUCACCAAAAUCAGUCACCGAAUAUUAUGUUCAUAUGACACAAACUUAGAAGAGCUCUUUUCAGAAAUUGAUCACUGCCUAGCUAUAAAUAGAAGCAUUUUACAGCAGUUGGAGGAAAAGUGUGGCCAUGAAAUUACAGAACAGGACUGGGAGAAAAUUCAAAUACAGGCACUUCAUCGGGAAAUCUAUGAAUGUUUGAUUUGCCUCACACCACUCUCAUUUAACAGUAAUUUUCAAUGUGCGUCUUCAGAGAAAAGUAAUCAUCAGCAUUCCCGUCAGAUCGUUCUCUUGUCUUGUUCACAUAUGUUUCAUCACACUUGUCUUCUUGCUUUAGAGGAGUUUUCCUUGGGAGAAAUGUAUACUUGUCCUCUAUGCCGCUCUUGCUAUCAAAAGAAAAUACUUGAAUGUUGAAUUCAUAUUCAGGAAAUAUUAUAUAAUUCUAGGAAAAGGUAUUACCUUAAUUUUAGAAGAACUGCUAAUAAGUUUUGCAUUAAGUACUCAAUAUAUUGCUUUCCAGAGAAAUAACUACUAGUUGUACAUGGGAAAUCUGUAUUUAAAAUGCUAGCUACCCAUCCAGAUUUAGUCUUUAGUUUAUAAGAAAGCAAAGUUUCAAAUUCAUGAGUUUAAUCAGUAGAAAUAAAUAAGGAAUGGACUAGAAAAUGAUAUUCAGAGUUCUACACUUACUGAUUUGUUAUGCUUCUAUCUGAUAGUAAAGAAGAGUAAAAAUAGUAAGAACAGUAAAAUUACUAAACACUUGUCAGCUCCCUUCCUUUAAUGGUAAGCUGAUUAAGUUACCUAUUGUCAUCACUGUUCUGAUUUGCACCAAGUGAUUUUUUUAGCACAUUAUCUUCUGAGGCUAGAACCAAGAGCACUGCUACUUAAAAUACAGCUAGCAUCUGAUCCAACAAAUUAGCAAACUAUAAAAACACUCAUUAAAUAAGUUCCAAAUGUUUCCAUUAAUACUUUAAGUGUUUUAAAGCCACUUUAAAGUGUUCUAAAGCCAGUAUCAGUACCAUCCCUGAUACUGGUUUUGUAAUAAUUGCUUUAUUUCUAAGUAAUAAAUUACUGUUGUAAUUGUGCACUUUGAAUAUGUAAACCUGAAAUAUAAAAAUAAAAUAUUCAGUGGUACUCAAUUUUUCAAUGUCAGAAAAUGGCAAAUCAAAUUUUUAAUGACUUAGAGCAAUGUAUGGGCUUUUUAGCUCAUAUUUAAAGAAAACCAUUAAACUUCUUUGGUAAGAAGUAUUUUUGAUAUAUUUAAUUUUACUAGGAGCUUCUUUAAACACUGUUAAUUUUAAAACAGGUGGUACUGGUUGGGUUAACACCAGCUUCUGUAACAAAAUUGAACGUUAUUUUCUAACUCAUAGAAAGUCCUAUCACAGUGGGGUGAAGGUUCUGCUCUACGUGGUCUUUCAAAGUCCUAGGCUCUUUUCUUCUUGUGACU